AUGAAUGUUUGUUAUGUCAAACGACCGUUCGAUUGCACAAUCUCCAUGGAUGUUGUUGAGGUUGAAAAAGAAAAAUCUUCGACCGUGCGAAGAAAAAUUCGUGAGAAUCAGAAAAAUCCAUGUUUGGAAAACAAAACAAGAUGUGUAGAGAUGAUGAAUAAGAAGAAGAUUGCAAAUCUCCCGAAGAAAAUUGUGAGAUGA